AUGGAGCCAGCGCAGCUCCCAGCCGGAGCUAACCAGGAUGAAGAUGUCUUCGCCGGAGUGAGCCGCUCGCGGCAGAUCUCUCCAGUGCCAGAGCAAACGGCCGCUGUUCCUGCUCUUGCUGAAGACCUCAUUGCUCGAACGGUGUGCCGGAUGGUCCCAGUCUCUCCAGACUUGCUCCGGGCUACACGAGCCGGCGAUGUGUUCCGAGGCUUCGGCAAAGCCCUGCGUGGGUCCAAGAAGCUUCAUCGGUUGAGCUACCAGACCAAGAAGAUUAGCGUGUUUUGGAGUCACAGUUGGCAUGGUUCAACUUGGCGAAAGCACAUGACUCUCCUGCUCUUCUACAACGGCGCAACUGCGGCAGUCAUCGCAUGUCUCGGCUCGGCUGUUACAUCUGUCCUUUUUGCGUCAGAGUUGUUGCCCGUCCUUAAAGGACCAAACAACUUUACAGAAGACUUGCCCUAUGCGCAUUGGCAAUCUUUCUGGGCAGCCCUUGUCGGCAUGAUCCUGUACAUCUUGGUGCUGUUGUUCUGGAGACCCGUUGAUUCCAUCUUCUUUGAUGUGACCUGCAUAGACCAAUGGAAUCCCGAACGCAAAGGAAAAGGAUUACUGAGCAUCGGUGCAUUCCUAGAGGCUUCACGCUCCAUGCUAAUUCUUUGGGAUGCCACGUACAGCGAUCGCUUGUGGACAAUGUUUGAGGUAGCUGCCUUCUUGAGGAGCCGGGAAGAAGGCGAGACGCCAAAAGUCGUUCUGAGGCCCACGAUCCUAGGCCCUUCCUACCUCUUGCUGAUGCUGACGGUGAUUCUCGUUCUCAGCGUUGGUGACAUUGUCAGUGUGCACCUCUCAGCCAGCGGCCGCUACGUGCUGUGGUCACUUCAAUUCUUGAUUUGCUUCUGUGGACUGGCCGCUAACACGGCCACUUUCAGAGAGUAUUUUCGAUCAGUGAGUAAUUCCCAGGAGCAAGUGGCAGGUUGGCGUCUUGCAGAUGUCAAAUGCUCCUGCUGUGACACCGGGCAUGUUUGUGGUGGGCUCUGCGACCGAGAGGUUGUACUCAAGUGCAUCUGUCAGUGGUUCGGCAACCUGGAACAUUUCGAAUCUCGCGUGCAAACGGAGAUCAUGGACACGUUUGUACACGAGCAGUCCAGGCAACCCUUCACGUACUCACAAGUUGUGAUUGCUCUCGUCCCCAUUCUUUGGAGCUACCUGGACAGGGCUUCAGCAUAUGCUCGCUUCACCGAGUGGGAUCCAUGGUUGCAGGCAUCCUGUCAGAUCGCAAGGGGACUGACUUGGUGGUUGGGGGUCGGUCCUGUGGCAUUUCUGGCCCAGUGUCGGCUCGCAUUUCGCUUCCAGAGGAAGUGCAAGCGGGCACGAUGCGACCCUUUGAUCAACUUGCUGCCGCUCCUUGGCAUCGUGCUCGUCAUUCUUGUGGCAGUUGUGGUUGAACAACUCUGCUUUGAGCCCACCCUCUUUCAUGACGGACACACGGACAAUAUGCUCUUGUUCGCCGCGCUUGUGCUGCCUUUAGCAUGGUUGCUUUAUGGAUAUGUUGGCGCAGGCCCAAGAUUGACAGUACGCACAAACAAGCACAGCAUACCGUGA